AUGUUCAUCGAACCAAUGGAAUCUACAGUCAUUGGUGUAUCAGAACUCAGAGAAAGCGCACCUGGCUGGUUUAAGCUCUCUCGCUUGGCUCUGCAUGCUGGCGAAUUUGAGUCUCGUCCAUGUCUUACCCAGCUGAUUGUAUUUCAGGAGUCGCAACUUUAUUGGUAUGCCACUAAAGCUAUUGAAGCGCUCAACUCAGCCCUUGGCCAGGCCAUAAGAUGUGCUCAAGCCUUAGGACUGGACAAGGAUCGACUGCCGUCUACUGAUCUCGAGUCUGAGCUGCGUCAUCGUAUCUGGUGGGAUCUUUGCUCGAAUGAUACAUUCCAAUCUUUAUGUUUGGAUCGUCCACCUCUGGUACAAUCUUACCUAUCCUCAGUUCCGUUCCCACAAAACUGCGAUGACUGUGAUCUUACACCCACCUCCAUAUUCGUGCGACCUAUCGAGCAACCCACUGUCAUGGCUCAACAUGUCUUUCGCGCAAGAAUAUUCAAAGUCCUCAACAAGCUAUAUGCGAACAAUGGGAACGAUCUUACCAACUAUGAGGCUGUUACAGCAGUGGACAAGGAAGUCUCCGCAAUCAUGAGCGAAUACCCCUGGUACUUACUUAAUCAGGCAGACUCCGGCUCAUCAAACUUUUUGAGCACCACACUUCCCCCGGCCUUUGACUACCUUCAAUGGCAACAUCAUAUCAUGCAUACCUCGAUCUGCGUUCAGCGAAUCAGAAUGUAUCGACCUUUCUUGCGGACCCAUUUCGAGUCAUGUUGGUCGAAAUGCGUCGUUGCAGUCGAGGGGGCCUUCGCCGUCUAUCAUAGCAUGCGGACCUCAGAUCCUGAGAGAUUUCGCCGAUCAGCGAAACGUGUCGUUCAGAGCUAUCAAAUUUUCUGCUCUGCCAUCUCGGUCGCAGUCUUCCUCCUCGUAGAGCGGCCCAUCCUCCCUACCAAAAUCCUCAGCGACAUCGAACUAGUCAUCCAGGAUCUGAAAGAGCUAUCCGAAAACAAGAACUCCAUCCCAAUCGCUGUCCACGGCAGGCGAAGCCUGACCAAAAUCCUCGACGCAUACCAGGGUUAUUGCCGCGAUGCGAGAAACCGAGCAAUUGUGGACGAAGGCUCAUCCAACAACGAGAACAACAACACAACAACAACCGAACAUCUCCACAGCCUCGUCCCUGAGAUCUACACCGUCAUGGGCGGCAAAUCGUCCGCAAGGAGAUACCUCGAUAGCAGCAGCGUCCCCCGUGCCAGCAUCGAGGCCGAACGGCUGGCCAUACAGGGCCCGCAACGCCCGAUGAUCUCCGGGUCACCACCGAACGCAUCCAAUGUGGACACCACUAACGUGCAAUCACCCCUGGAAUCCAUGUCAAGUGCUGUCUUUAGCAAUCCUACCGACAUGUUCGGCACGGAUCCCGUCACGGGUCUGAAUCUUGGUCUGCACUUCGAUGUGCUCGGCUGGGACUUGGAUGAUUCUGCCUUUCUUGAUGGUACUGGUGUUUCCUAA